AUGUUCCCGACCUCGCAUCGCCCCUCCGUCUCCUCCAUCGAUGGUCGCCAAAACUCAAUAACAGUCAUGCCUGUCGGCUUUGGGAACGCCAUGAACCAGCGACGCCAUAGUAUCAUAACUUCGGAAGAUGGCAGCCAGGACAGCGGCCACGCCGAGCACAACCCACUCGAGGAUGCCGGUGCCGACGAGUUUGGCCUACCUACGCAAAUCGCCGGCAACGGGUCCGACCUAGGCGGGAAAUCCAAGGACGACAAGACAGACCAGACGCCCGCUUGGAGCGAGUUGAAGACCAAGGCCGGUAAAGAACGAAAGCGACUUCCUUUAGCGUGCAUCGCAUGCCGACGUAAAAAGAUUCGAUGUUCGGGAGAAAAGCCGGCGUGCAAGCAUUGCCUUCGAUCAAGGAUUCCCUGCGUGUACAAGGUGACGACCAGAAAAGCUGCGCCGAGGACCGACUACAUGGCCAUGUUGGAUAAGCGACUGAAGCGCAUGGAGGAACGCAUCAUCAAGAUUGUGCCGAAAAACGAACAAGACUCCAAUGCGGUUUCGCUGACCCGCGCCGUGGUUAAACCGGCAAUUCCGGGAACCCUCCCCGCGGCUAAGGCCAACUCCAAGAAGCGAGUUGCCGACGAAGCAUUUGGCCAGGAUCUCGACCACUGGGCAAAAGCGCCGGCCAAGACGAGAAUUGACACGCCGAAUAAGAACUUGUCGUUGCAAGCGCAGGAAGCGGAGGAGAAUAAGCUCUUCCUCGAGGGGCUCGAUGCACUUCCGUCCAAGGAGAUUCAGGAACAUUUAGCCGAGGUAUUUUUCGAGAACAUUUACGGCCAAGCAUACCACCUGCUCCACAAGCCCAGCUACAUGAGGAAACUCAGAGCUGGCACUCUUCCGCCAGUACUCAUACUGUCUGUUUGCGCCGUAGCCGCCCGCUUUUCCAGCCACCCGAAACUCAACAACUCUUCACCAAACUUUCUUCGCGGAGAAGAGUGGGCGUCACACGCCCGGGAUAUCUGCACCAGGCGGUAUGAGUGGCCGAACAUCACGAUACUAACAUGUCUACUUAUCCUCGGCCUGCACGAAUUUGGUACUUGCCAUGGCGGUAGGAGCUGGGCUCUCGGAGGCCAAGCAAUCCGCAUGGCGUUUGCUCUACAACUUCACAAAGAUUUAGACCACGACCCCCUGAACCGCAGCGGAGCAUCGCAGCUGAGUUUUAUUGACCGCGAGAUCCGACGCCGGACAAUGUGGGCAUGUUUCCUCAUGGACCGGUUCAACUCCUCCGGUACCGAACGACCAACCUUUGUGAGGGAAGAGACGAUUGAAAUUCCUCUACCGAUCAAAGAAAAAUAUUUCCAGCUCGACAUGCCAGCGCCAACGGAAACCCUCAAUGGAAAGGUCCCUCAUCCCGUGUCUGCCGAGGAUGGCCAAAUGGCCGAUGCCAAAGAGAACAUGGGCGUUGCGGCUCACAUGAUCAAGACCAUCGCUCUCUGGGGCAGGGUCAUCAACUAUUUGAACCAAGGAGGAAAGGAGCUCGACCCUAAUCCCAUCUGGAGCCCAGAAUCCGAAUACACCAAGCUGCUGCAGCAGUCUGAAGAUUUGCUCGAUAACCUUCCAGAAUUCCUCCGCUACUCCCCAGAGAACGUGGCGCUCCACGACACGGAAAAGAUGGCCAAUCAAUUCCUGUUCCUCCACAUCGCGAUGCAACAAAACGUCCUGUUCCUCAACCGAGUUGCCGUUUCAACGCCAAACAGCCCCGCUGCCCAAGGCGUUCCUCGGGAAUUUGUCGCCAAGGCAGGCGACAAGACGUUUGCAGCCGCCAACAGGAUUUCCGAGGUUCUCAAAGACGCCGAGUCUCAUAUGGUGACUGCCCCCUUUGUCGGCUAUUGCGCCUUUUCGUCUGGAACGAUCCACAUACUCGGCAUCUUCUCUGGCAAUCCUGCCGUUGAGGCAACAUCGAAACGAAACCUGGCGACGAAUGUCAAGUUCCUUUCAAAGAUGAAGAGGUAUUGGGGCAUGUUCCACUACAUGUCGGAGAACCUGCGUGAGCAAUACCGGACAUACGCCGACGCCGCCAGACAAGGCAACUCGACAAAGGAGACGUCAACGGCUUCCCCCAUCUUCCAGUACGGCGACUGGUUCGACCGAUACCCCCACGGUGUUUCCCAAUCCGAUUUUUCCGACCCGGCAUCUACGAAGAAGAAGGAGAAGGGCGACGACGCUGUGUUGGAGCAGAAACCGGAAUUGCACACCGUGGAGGAAUACUUUACGAGUUUGUCGCCACCGCGCAGCACAGAAGGCAAUUCGUCCAGGCCCAACCCGCUUAAACGCAAGUCUUUUGUCGGCAAGAAACUCGGUACUCCGGGCAUCAGAGCAGAUGGAAGCCAGCUGGAACCCCUUUCCACCGAGAACAUUGCUGCCACGGCGCAAGAGCAACUUAGCGCCCGCAUGCAACAACAAAGAGGCAUGCAGCAGGGCUCGCUUGGCGGCCAGACCAGCGGGCCGACCAGCUUCAACCCGCUCACCGUGCCACAUUCGCAGGGUUCCAACUACCACGCCCUAUCUCCCAUCAGUCCCAUUGCCGUCAGCCAGUACGGGCACCACCACCCGGGCACUACGUCAUUCUUCUCUCCCGACUUGCUCAACAUGUCGAUGAACCAACAGAACGGCAUUUUGCAACCCCUGGACCGGCAGCUCGUGUUUGGCGGGUACUCUAUGGAACAGGGCAACAUGAGCCACUUUGACGGCAUCGACUGGGACGGCAUGCCCAGUAGCGCCCACAGCGCACCGGGAGGAGCGCACAGAGAAGGCGCCCGCUCGCGUCCAUCGCGCGGCGGUCCCAACGGCAUGGGCGGGCCCGGCCACGGACACGGAGACGGCAUGGGGUUUGGAGGCCAGGAGGCGUCGACGGCGUGGUUCAUGCCCUUUAACAUGGAGCCGCCCGAAAUUGGGCAGGACAUGGGCAUGAAUAUUGACGGGUUCGGCAACAUGUUUGGCAGUGGCUUGCAUCACGGAGCACGAUGA